UCUAUUCAUUCAUCUUCACAAGUGGCAAAUAACAUUGAAGUGUGUGUAACAGAUGAAAUACUUAUAUAUGACACAAUAUUUCCCCAUAAUUAGCUAAAUAUUCAUUCGCUCACACAUUCUCCCCACCCAAAUUAUAUGGCGGCAUCCAUUCUCCCAUUGUCAAAUGCUCUUGGAAAUCUCCUAUUCCUCAAAUUUCACAAAUAUGAAACGCAAACCAAUCUAUCCAAACAUGCAACAAGUAGACAACAAUUAUUAGUGAAGCCAGCGAGAGCUUGCACCAACUCAAAUCAAAAGGCAGAGCUACAGUUGCGUAGGCAAUGCCAAGUUGGAAAACCAAUACCCCAAGAGAUUAACGGCAAAGAUCGAGGAUCAUGGGAAUCCGUGGAAGGGCUACUUCAUUGCUCUGCAAAUUCCGUUCCUUUGUCUCCUAUCAACUUCCUCGAGAGAGCAGCGAAAGUUUGUGGAGACAGAACAUCUCUUGUUUAUGGUACUUUAGAGUAUAGUUGGGGUGAAACCCAUCAACGUUGUCUGAAACUCGCUUCUGCUCUCACCCAAUUAGGCAUUUCUCGUGGGAAUACGGUUGCCACCCUAGCACCUAACGUUCCUGCAAUGUAUGAGUUACAUUUUGCUAUACCAAUGGCUGGAGCCAUUAUUUGUACUCUUAAUUCACGUUUAGAUACAAUUAUGGUUUCAGUUUUGUUAGAGCAUUCACAAGCGAAGAUUCUUUUUGUAGACUAUCAACUACUUGAAAUUGCACAAGGAGCAUUGGACCUUCUAGCCAAAAGAUCAAAAGAAAAGCCAAUUUUAGUCUUGAUCACAGACUCUGAUCAUUGCACAUCUACCAUUGAAAUUAAUUCAAAUAGUUAUGAAUAUGAAAAACUUGUAGCAAUUGGAGAUAAUGAUUUUGAUGUUGUGAGGCCACAUAGUGAAUGGGAUCCUAUAAGUAUAAAUUACACCUCUGGCACUACAUCUAGGCCUAAAGGAGUUGUCUUCAGUCACAGAGCUGCUUACCUAAACACUCUAGCUACAGUUCUACUCUUACAAAUGAACCUUUUUCCUGUAUAUCUUUGGAAUGUUCCAUUAUUUCAUGCCAAUGGGUGGUGUCUAGCUUGGGGAGUGGCGGCACAAUUUGGAACCAAUGUUUGUCUAAGGAAAGUCUCUGCAAAGAACAUAUUUGACAAUAUAAUUCAACACAAAGUAACAUACAUGGGAGGAGCUCCAACAGUGAUGAACAUGAUUGCAAAUUCUACAUUGACUGAUAGAAAGCCACUUAAUCACAAGGUAGUGGUGCUAACAGGAGGUUCCCCUCCACCACCACAGAUCCUUUCCAUGAUGGAAGAAAAUGGUUUUGAUAUUACUCAUAUGUAUGGCCUCACAGAAACAUGUGGUGCAGGGAGUUUUUGUGCAUGGAGGCCUGAGUGGGACAUGCUACCUUCCGAAGAAAAGUCCAAGAUAAAAGCUAGGCAAGGUGUGCCCCAUGUGGGUAUGGAGGAAAUUGAUGUGAAAGAUCCUGCAACAAUGGAAAGUGUUGUAGCUGAUGGAAAAUCAGUUGGUGAGGUAAUGUUUAGAGGGAAUACAAUGAUGAGUGGGUAUUAUAGAGAUUUGAAAGCAACUGAAGAAGCUUUCAAAUAUGGGUGGCUACAUAGUGGGGAUCUUGCUGUGAAACACCCGGAUGGUUACAUAGAAAUCAAGGACCGAUUGAAGGACAUAAUAGUCUCUGGGGGAGAAAACAUCAGCUCAAUUGAGGUAGAAAUUGUUUUGUAUAGCCAUCCAGCAGUUCUUGAGGCUGCAGUUGUUGCCAGACCAGAUGAUUUUUGGGGUCAAACUCCUUGCGCAUAUGUGACAUUGAAAGAGGGGUUUGAUGCAGACGCUCAAAACAUAAUUAACUUUUGCAGAGAUCAUUUGCCCCAUUACAUGGCUCCUAAAACUGUCAUUUUUCAAGCUAUGCCAAAAACUUCAACAGGUAAGAUACAAAAGUUUAUUUUGAGAGAGAAAGCCAAGGCGUUGGGCAGCAUUUCUGGACCCCUAGAUUGUAGAAAAAUAUAGUUGAUUGCUCAACUCACUAUGAAGAAUAAUAAAUUUGAAAGGUGUUCAACAUGAAAUUUUGUUUUAAUCAUAAUAUAAAGUAUUCAAGAUUGUGUUAUUGUAUUUAGCUAUUUGUCCAUACCUUCAGGUGCAUUUGUUGGUUUGGAUCUUGUGAUGUUGAUCACUUCAUUGUGUAUCGUCUUUGAUUGAGAAUUGGAUUUAUAAUAAUGCUUUAACAGGACUUGCAGAACUGCAUGCAUCUAUCGUAAAGGUUGAUAUGCUAAGGUCUUGUGUCAUGAUGGCUACUAUUUUAUUAUCAUAUUGUAUGAUGUGUUAUUUAUUCUCUACUCAAUGUUUCAAAAUAUAUAUAGAGGAUGCAUUCUCUUA